AACAAACUGUAUGACUUUCACGUUGAUUUUCUAGGCAAGAGGUUGAUUUUCCAAUGGCUUCUGAUAAACCCAUCUUCUUCUUCCUCCUCUUGCUGUUUCUCUCGUUGAAGCUGCAAAGCUCAAGCUCACAAACAUGGAUCAAAGCUGGCUACUGGACAUCUAUCUCUUCCCUUCCUGUUUCUGAUAUAAACUCUGCUCUUUUCACUCACCUUUUUGCCUCCUUUGCUUUUAUAAACAAAACCUCUUAUCAGCUUUUUAUCAAUUCCUCAAAUGAACAAUCUUUCUCUAACUUCACCAGUAUUGUAAAACAAAAGAAUCCAUCCAUCACUACUAUUUUGUCCAUUUGGGUUACAAGAUCUGAGUCCACCACCUUUUCUUUGAUUGUUAAUGAAACUUCCCGACGAAAAUCUUUCAUGGAAUCAUCAGUCAAAACAGCCAGGCUUUAUGGUUUUCAUGGUUUAGACCUUUAUGGGUUUGAGCCUACGAACGGCACCAGUUUGGGUACGUUUUUGGAGGAAUGGCGAGCUGAGGUAGCUUCUGAGUCGAGAAACACUGGUAAGACACGGUUGUUGUUAACUAUGUCGUCUCGUUGUUUUCGAAUUGACAACUCAUUGAGUUAUCCUAUUGAGUCCGCAAGACGAAACCUGGAUUGGAUAAAUAUUGUGGCAUAUGACUACCAUGUGCCAAAAGUAGACAGAAUUACCGGUUUUCAUGCACCUUUAUUUGACCCAUUAGGAAGGGCUAACACUGAUGAUGAUAUAAGGGAAUGGUUAAAGAGAGGUUUCCCUGCUGAUAAGCUAGUUUUAGGUUUGCCUUACCAUGGCUAUGGAUGGAAGCUUGUUAACUCUGCUGACAAUGGUAUUGGUUCAGCAGCUUCGGGAUCGGCUCUCACCAUUGAUGGUUCAAUGGGGUAUAAGUUAAUCAAAUCAUUCAUUCAAAACUAUGGUUAUGGCGUUGAAGCUGUGUAUAAUUCUACUUAUGUGGUGAGUUUUUGCAAAGUCGGGUCGAAUUGGAUCAAUUUCGACGAUGUGGAAGCCAUUAAAGCUAAGGUUUCUUAUGCCAAGGUAAAGGGUCUACUUGGUUACACAGCCUUUCAACUCUCCAAUGACGAUAAUUGGGUGCUUUCACAAGCAGCUUACGAAGUAGGCACAACUCAGCCGAAGAAACAUCAGUUAUUGGUGAUUGUUUUGGUUACAGUUGCUGCAAUGGUUCUCCUGAUUAUGGCUCUCAUUUAUUACCCUCAACACAAAGUAUUCAAAUCACAAGGGCUUUUGGGUGCGUUGAAAAUAUCGGUAUCUUUGAUAAGAACCAAAAUAUCAGGUAAAAGAAAGCAUGAAAAUGGUGAUCCUAAUCUCCAAGCUUUCACUUUCGCUACCAUUAAAGCUGCCACUAAUAACUUUUCAAAUGAGAAUAAGCUUGGAGAAGGUGGAUAUGGUCCUGUUUACAAGGGAGAGUUGUCAAACGGGCAAGAAAUAGCAGUGAAGAGGCUCUCGAGAAGCUCAAAUCAAGGAUUGGAGGAGUUCAAAAAUGAGAUCAAUCUUACAGCUAAGCUUCAACAUGUGAAUCUAGUUCGUGUUCUGGGAAUUUGUACUGAGAAUGAAGAAAAAAUGUUGGUUUAUGAGUUCAUGCUGAACAAAAGUUUGGAUUUUUACCUCUAUGAUCCAUUUAAAAGGCAUAUGUUAGAUUGGAGAAAAAGAAUUUCAAUAAUCGAAGGAGUUACUCAAGGCCUUUUAUAUCUCCAAGAAUACUCAAAUUACACUAUAAUUCACCGCGAUAUAAAGGCAAGCAACAUUUUAUUAGAUUCUGAAAUGAACCCGAAGAUAUCGGAUUUCGGGAUGGCCAAGUUUUUCAAGAAGGAUGAACUUGAAGCAAAUACUAACAGAAUUGUUGGGACAUAUGGCUAUGUUCCUCCGGAGUACGUUAAGAAAGGAAUAUACUCUACCAAGUACGAUGUUUAUAGUUUCGGAGUUCUACUUCUGCAAAUUAUCAGUGGCAAGAGGAAUUCCAGUCUGUAUGGGUGCCAUGAAAACUUGAAUUUUCUUGAAUAUGCAUACGAAUUGUGGAAGCUAGGUCGAGGGGCAGAGUUUUUCGACGCAUCACUUGAUGAUUCAUCUUCGUCAUGUAAGCUCAUUACAUGUAUGCAAUUGGCACUUCUAUGUGUGCAGGAAAAUCCUGCAGAUAGGCCGUCAAUGGUGGAAGUUUUUACGAUUCUCAAGAACAAAAGCAGUGUUGCAAUCUCUGUACCUAAGCAACCUGCAUAUUCAACUACAAGAGAUGAAAGGAAGGACAUUGCGAGGAAAAAAGUUUUUUCUGUCAACGAUGCAUCGAUAACCCAAGUGGAACCUCGAUGACUGACAGUUUAUGCAUUUGAGAAACAUUUUAUGUAACAGAAAAGAAAAUUUCAAGCAAAUAUAGAUAUGGAAGAUUGGAACAAGUUGUUGAACCCAUAGCUGUAACUAUGAUUGAACUUCAAGCGAAGAAAAGAAAAAACAG